UUGCGCUCGAAUGAUUUCUUAUUUCUUGUUGUAUAGAUAAAGAUAGCUACUAGAUGAUAGACACACUACGCACCAUAGUUUUUUGUUGAUCAUGAAACUGUAUAAAAACGGUAGACGCAAAAAUUCCAGUAAGUAGAUGAAAGUCGAAUUUUAAUCUACUUCUGAGUAGUUCUUUUGUGAAGUGACUAUGACUUAACAGUAAUUGUGUGAAUGAUUUCUUUUUGGAAGCUUUCAAUUUUAAGACGCAACGAACGAAAAAGCAACCUUAGCACCCUGUUGGUAAUGAACAAAUGAUACGUAUAUAAAACAACCGGCUCGUUUUUCCCCUUUCUCUAAGUUAGGUCUAUCCCUUCAUGGCAUACGUAUAUUAAAGUUCUGGAGGUCCGCCUUAACAGCCGGCGCAGCUGCAGUGCGCUUGCGCAGGUCUACAAUCAGGGCAAGAUCAGUGUGUCUACCCGCAUACCAUCGCACACAGACAAGUUCUUCAACUGAGACAUCGCAGUCUUAUAUCUCCUGCACCAGCGACAUCAACUCCUCAGACGUGAACCGCGCAGAAGCCCCCCUACUCCGCGCACCUCCUCGCAAAGCUAAAGAUGACGGACCUCUUGCUAAUGGUUGAGGACGGCAUGUCCGACUGGGAGAUAUGUCAAAGCGAUUAUGUGACAAACCUCGCAGAUGCGGAUAAGAAUGCAGUGGUACUAAUAAGUAUGAUCUGCAUGUACGUAGUUGAUGAAACGUGAUUGUUGGAUCAUUUACUUUGUUGCAUGAAAUGUGAUGUGCUCAUUGACUAUCGUGAUUGUUGGAUCAUUUACUUUGUUGCAUGAAAUGUGAUUGUUGGCUCAUUGACUAUGGAGUAAAUAACUAAUGGACGGAGAAGACUCAAUUUGUUGGCCACUUCCUUGAUGAAAUAGUUAGUUCGAGUAUUAGAAAGUCCUAGGUUCAUCUUACAGCUAGUUUGAGUAUUUGUCGUCUCGCUCUCGCCGUGGUCAAAAAUCCCACGACUUUGUUUUUACCGACGACUUGAAAUGACAGAUAAAGUCCUCCGGUGCAAGACAGCUGACGCCUUUGUCUUUCGCAGCUAGCGCAAACUAUAACCGAUUAGUCACGGCGCUACUGGAGGUAGGCUGCGAUCCGAAUGUGGGAAAUCCAUCAGCACUGCACUACGCCGCAAGUGUGGGCAAUAUUGCUAUCGUGCGACUGCUCAUAAAACACGGCGCCGAUGUGAAUAUAAUGGACGCGUACUUGGACUUUUCUAUCUUUUUUUUGGGGUGGAUCUUCUGAAUUUGUUCAGGGCGAAAAACAAAAAUACAAGACUUCGCUCGCUGUUUUGGAUCUUCUGAAUUUGUUCAGGGCACCAAAGAUAGGUCUUGUAUUCAAUCUCAGCGAAGAUUGGUAGGUCUUCCUUGGAUGCUUCCGGUAUUUGGUAACCUGAAUUUUGAACCCUUAUGAUCAAAUUCAGGUUACAACUAAAUACCGGAAGCAUUUACAUUCCUGAAUUCUUCAAUCUCAUCAUCCCUCUUCCUCGGAACAACCUCAGGUAUAACCAGACGCCUUUAUUUUUCGCAAGGAAUGCGGAUACCGUACACUACUUAGUGGAGCAUGGCGCGAAGAUGAAUCUGAAGAACACAGCAGACCAAACUGUCCUUCACACCCUCGCUUUCAAUGGCUGCGUUGAUAGUUUGAGGUAUCACAGUGCUUUUCCUUGUUAAUGUGUUGAUCAUCUAUCUCUAUCACAUUUCUUUGAUUUGAAUUUUCUUUGGUUGGUAAAGGUGAUGAAAGACCACUUAUACAAUCCAACAACAAGCGAGACAAGCGGGUAGAAGUCAUCGGGGAAAUAUUAGGCAGUUCGCCAAAUAGACCCACACCAUCGCGCCACUUGUGGCACUACGGUGCUGAGGUGAUAACUCCUCCUGCAAAUCAAACCAUUCUGUACCACUAAAAUCGACCGCACCUCCCUCAACAACCCCCCUCACAGCUACCUCCUCCGGCUCUUGCCCAAAGACACGUUGGACACUGCGGAUAAGGCAGGAAGGACGUGCCUCCACCAUGCGGAAUAUCACUAUGUGCAGAUGGGGGAGCCGAGUUGCGUUGCCCUCCUACUCUCAAAGGGCACAAAUCAUCUGGCCAAGACCAACAAAGGCAUCAUGCUGCAGCCAAAUACACUUGCAGCAGCGAUAACACAUGCGAAGGUACUUGGAGUUCUUUAGAUUUGUUUCUUGGUACUAUGCAUUAGUUCUUCACGCUGGUGUAUACUUGGAUGAUAAGCGACUCACUUCAUCUAGCCCUUGUGUCUAAUCUUUAAAAUGUCACUCGCAAAAAAAUCCACAACAGCUUGUCCAAGGCGCGGUGAGCGGGGACAUUAAUAUCGAGGAUAUAGAGCAAAAUAUGGCAGAAAAUGCUGUGGCUGCGAAGUUACAAGCAGCAGCUAGAGGCAGAAUGGCAAGGAAAAAAGUGGAUGCGAAGAAGCAAGAAAUGAGGUAUAUCAUUCUUUUGAUUAUCGCUAAUCACUUUCAGUAUUCGAUCGUACUCACAAAGGAAAAGAAUGGAUCUUCAGCUCAUCACCACGCAUGAGAAUUGCAAAGUUCUUAAUCUCGAUAACAUGACGUCAAGGGAAUUAACAGAGCAAACUACGUGUGCUCUCGGUCGAUGUAAAAAUUCUUAAUGCUCGUGGCCAAGUACAUUUUCUUAACCACCUCACAGGGCCGAAGAAGAAGCCGCUGCCACCAAAGUUCAGAACCUGUAUCGCGCACGCGAAGCCAGAAGAAACGUUGGCGCCAAGAGGAGAGCCAAAAAAGACGAAGAAACUGAGAAGGAAUUGAAGGCAAUGUUGGGAGAAUCUGUCACGUUGAAGGAGGUAGAGAAGGCUGCGGGAAAAGUGCAAGCAAGCUUCCGCGGAAAGAAGGCAAGGGAAAGGGUAGAGGAUUUGAAGGCAGAGAAUCGAUACACAAAAGCAACGCAAAGCUUUGCCAGUAACUACUGCCCGCCGGCGGAGGUAUAAUUCUUGUCGAACUAGUAUUCUGUUGGGCUUGUUGUAAUCGUACGAGAUGAACCUCAUCAUGAUUCCUUGAUUCAACUUUGAAUGACGCCACUACUGCACAUAAGUAACAAAUUGGAAUUGACUAAGACUUCUUCCUUUCCCCGAGAAAAUUUCUCAUCGAACCCCAAACUCAGAAGCCGGAGACAAUAGCCCUGACGGUAACAAGGGAGAGUAGCGAAGACCCAUUAGGAAUCGUCUAUUUGAAUGGGGAGAAGCACUUUCAACAUCAGUUUCCGUCAAUACCGAAGGAUUAUGCACCAAAGGUACUACUUCCUUCGAUGAACAAUUUAUAGCAACUUUUUUUACGAAUUCGUUGAGCUUCUAGCAGAUUGCAGAGAUGAAUCAUGAUGGUUUAGCUUGAGUCGUGUGCUGAACGUCAACCGCAUGAUUGGGACUGUAUCCUGGAUCAAUUCCUCUUUUCCAGGUUCUCCUCGUAACGAAAGUAGGUCUGGGCGCUGUUUUGAACCAUAAUCGGGACUUGCAGAGUACAGAUGCUAAGAGCAUGCUCCGGAUGUACGAUCGCAUACUCUCUGUAAACGGCAAACGCACACCAACCGAAAUGAUCGAAGAGUUUCGUUCUAGUGCCUUGAAGUUCGACAUUCAAGCCGAAAGAUAUCCCAACAGCAUCCGUGUGAAACUGGACCGCAGUGGAGAGGGCGGCUUGACGCAGCUAGGGUUGUCCUUCGAUAGGAAGUACAGCAAAACCCAUUUGCGAGUGCUGCAUGUCAAGGGAGGCAAAGGCGGCGAAGCGGAAGCAGCGGCUGGCGGCGACGGCGAUCAACAGGAGAUGCAGCGGGAAAACACGAGGGAGCAAUUCGAGCGCGCGGGUUACGUCCCGUCAACAGUGGUGAUGGCAUGGAAUUUGAAGUGCGCACAGGAAGGCAAGUACUGGCAGUGCAUCCACAGAAGCAUGUUGAUCAGCGAGGUGAACGGGUACGAAGAAGACGCGUCGAGUUUAGCCGACGUGAUGCGGGAUACGCAGAUGCAUCAACGGCUAAACCUGACCCUGCACAGGGGCACGGCUCAGGCGCGAAGAGACCUGCAGGAGCUGCUAUUCUCGCCAGCCAAGGAAUUGCAUCUGCGAAGAAGCAAAAUGCGCAAGGCCUUGGAAGAGGCGGAUGCGGAAAAGGAAAGAGAAGCAAGGAAGAGGCAGAGGGACAUGAUGCUGAAUCCCAAAAUCCAGAAAGCAAAAGACAGCCUCUACACGCAAAACAUGUCCCUCAUGGUCGCGCAGAACCCGAGAACAGAACAGGAAACACUGUCAGCCUUAGCCAUAGUGAGCCCGAAGCAGAAGCGCAUGCGCGCAUUGGAAUUGGAAAACGCAAUACCGAUAGACGGGUUCAUGAAGAUCGAAAAGUUUUGGGACAAGAGCAUAGUGCUAAGUAUAGCCCUGACGAAGCCGACGCCAGACAGGAAGUACGGCAUAAGCUUCUUCGACGGCGCAGAGGCAUUUGAAGAAGCAAACAAAGCAUUGCCGGUGAAUGCGCCGCAACAUCUGGUACAGUUUGAUUUCCUAGUGGAUGUAUUAAGUGGUUGAAGUUAAUCACCAUUGUACUUCUAUGAACGCCUGGUUAGAAAAUCUGAGAUCCAAAUGGUCUUCGAACUCACUGUCACACCUGCGUCUAAAAAUCAAUUAAGGUCGUCAAAGCCGUUGUGUGGGGUGGUCUCUUGCACGACUACAACGAGAUGAAUAUGGACGACGCCGAUAAAAAGGUCUCUGUUGGUGACCGCAUUCUCUCUGUGAAUGGCGUUCGAGACGACCUAGAGGGGAUGAAGGAACAGCUGAGAGCUUCGGAUAGCAUCACCAUAGAGGUGCAGAAGUUCGCCAGAUACUUUUCCUUCUUCACCAAGAAGGUCAACGGCGACAUUGGUCUCGGACUGCAACUGGAAGCGACCACCAUCGGCAACAAGAACGAGAUCAAGAUCGGCAAGGUCUACGGCAGUACACAAGUGGUGAACAAGAGGCUAGUGGAAUUGUUGGGAAGAUACGACUUGGUGUUGGAACCAUUUAUGCGCUUGUGCGGUGUGAAUGGGCGAACGGAGUGCGAUACGAACGUCCUGCGACAGGAAAUAGUAGAUGCGAAGGAGGGAUCAUGGAUAAAACUUAUGGAAUUGGAAUUGACUUGAUGAUUAGAUUAAAUUUAUAGUUUUUAGAGUGGAAGAUGUUGUUCCAAGUUUUCUUGGCAUCGAUUGUUACUGGAAAAUCAAGAUUAUCGCUUUUUGCUGAAACGGGAAAUUUCAGCUGUUCGGAAAAGCGUUGUAACAAAAUAAAAAUCUGAAGCAUGACAACUCCCUAUCCAGACUCGACAAAAGACGAGUGUAGUAUCCUCCUCGGAGCACCAAGCCCACCUCUAACCCCUUGCACAUCCGCCGAGCGCAGGUGCUCAAACUAGCCGUCAUGAAGGUGAGAAAGCAGGUCAUGGCCAUGAUGUUCAUGCAGAAGUUAGGCGGAGGAGCCGCCGCCAUGCUCCCAGCAUUCUCGGACGAAGAGGAAGAGGACGACGAUGGCGAAGAAGAAGAGGACGACGAGGAGGACGACCCGGGAGAAGAGGACGAGGAAGAAGAUGACUAAACCUCUCUAGAAGAGCAGAGGAGGACGACCCGGGAGAGGAGGACGAGGAAGAAGAUGACUAAACCUCUUUAGAAGUACUGGGUCUUCUAAAUGCUCUUUAGUACGAGAAAGAAGACGACUAAAUCUCUUUAGAAGUACCGGGUCUUCUAAAUCUCAGAGAGACGAAAAAUUCACAUUUAGAUCACAUGUCAUAGAGCUCGACCCAUGAAUGUUCUUGUCAUACUAGAUUUGGUGCAGUAUUUUGCCUGGCAGUGGUUGCAUUCAUCGAAAUUAAAGUGUUGUAGAGCUAAAACCUUUGAGUUUGAUGUUCUCUUCUUUGUGCUUCCACGUAUAGACAAACUUAAGCGGAUUUGAUUCCGAGAAAGACUAAAAACCUUCGGUUGAACUCCUGCAAAUCUUAGACUUCUAGAUCAAUUUCCGUAUUAAAUUUGUUGCCUAGACUUCGAAGUCAGUGCAACUUGAGCUCGUAGAGCUCUGCUGACUGUGCACUAUCCGUAUUAUUCGCAAUUCGUAGACGAUAAUCAAAAAGUGCAAGAACCUAAUUAUCCCAAAUUCUACCAAAUUCGCGUUGAUCUUACCGUAUUGAAUUCGCUCUAAAACACAAUCCAAGGAAAAAUCUAAAACUCGACUAUCGUGCGAGAAAGAACCAAAAUCUCGUCUGCGAGAGAUCUGUGUGUAAAAUCCCAUUGGGCUUGCAAAAUUGGCGCAC